AAGCGCCGGAAACCCGUAAUCCGUUUUCCAUAGAAACGCGCCAGAAACGCCGCUGACCCCAGUCAGGUGUUCCCUGGAAAAGAGGCUGGGUGAGGGAACUAGAGCGAAGGAAGUUUAGGGAAGUAAGUUGGGCCCUGAAGAGGUCGCUGCAGGCUCAGGAGAGACUCCUGCCCGCGUGUAGAUCCUGACAAGAAAUGAAUGAAGAAAAAGGAGGCCCCAGGACCUAGAUAGUGUCAUCUCUGGGCCACUUUUGACUGGUGACUAGAUUUCUGACUAGAAAUUUAGAGCAUAUCCAGAAGAGACAAAGACAGAAUAUUGCAGUUGCUGGCUAUUUCUCAAAACAGAAGAAAAUGAUCAAUGCCCAGGAACCGCUGACACUGGAGGACGUGGCUGUGGACUUCACCUGGGAGGAGUGGCAGCUGCUGGCCCCCGCCCAGAAAGGCCUGUACCGGGAUGUGAUAUUGGAGAACUACAGCAACCUGGUGUCAGUGGGGUAUCAAGCCAGCAAGCCAGAUGCACUCUCCAGGCUGGAACGAGGGGAGGAACCGUGGGCGAAACAGGAGGAAGUCCCCAGUGGAACUCAGCAGGAACCUAGCAAAGUUCAUAACCACCUGCAAGGUCACUGGGAAAAUCCAAGAAUGCUGAAAGGGAUGGAACGAAACCACAAAAAUGAUGCAUUUGGAAAUACUGUUCCUCAAAGCAAAAAUCAUUUUCCUUCCAGGCAAAAUCAUAUGCUUGAGUUCUAUAUAAAAACUUUGAAAUCAAAUUUAAGUUUAGUCAACCAGAGCAAAAGCUAUGAAAUUAAAAACUCUACUAAAUUCAGUGGAGAUGUGAAGUUAUUUCUGUGUGAUAAGCAUGAAGAUUUUCAUUCAGCUGUUAAACUCCCUGUAAGUGCAAAACCUAUUAGCAGUAAGUCCCAAGUCAUUACGCCUCAGAGAACUCAUGAAAUAGAAAAACCCCAUAUAUGCAGUGAAUGUGGAAAAGCCUUCAUUAAGAAGUCUCAGCUCACAGAUCAUCACAGAGUUCAUACAGGAGAGAAACCUUAUGGAUGCAAUAUUUGUGCAAAAGUGUUCUCCAGAAAGUCCAGGCUCAAUGAACAUCAGAGAAUUCAUAAAAGAGAGAAAUCCUUUCUAUGCAAUGAUUGUGGAAAAGUCUUCACCAUGAAGAGUCGUCUAAUUGAACACCAGCGAACUCACACUGGAGAGAAACCCUACGUAUGCAGUGAAUGUGGAAAAGGUUUCCCAGGCAAGCGGAAUCUCAUUGUGCAUCAGCGAAAUCAUACUGGAGAGAAAUGCUAUGUAUGCAGCGAAUGUGGAAAAGGCUUCACUGGGAAGAGCAUGCUUAUCAUACACCAGCGAACUCAUACUGGAGAGAAGCCCUACAUCUGCAGUGAAUGUGGGAAAGGCUUCACCACGAAGCACUAUGUCAUCGUACAUCAACGAAAUCACACAGGAGAGAAACCCUAUAUAUGCAAUGAAUGUGGGAAAGGUUUCACGAUGAAGAGUCGACUAAUUGAACAUCAGCGAACCCACACAGGUGAGAAACCCUAUGUAUGCGACGAAUGUGGCAAAGGCUUUCCCAGGAAGAGUAAUCUCAUUGUACAUCAGCGAAAUCAUACAGUAGAGAAAUCCUAUGUAUGCAGUGAAUGUGGAAAAGGUUUCACCGUGAAGAGCAUGCUUAUCAUACACCAGCGAACUCAUACUGGAGAGAAACCCUACAUCUGCAAUGAAUGUGGGAAAGGCUUCCCCCUGAAGAGUCGGCUGGUCGUCCAUCAGCGAACACAUACUGGCGAGAAACCUUACAGAUGCAGUGAAUGUGGGAAAGGUUUCAUUGUGAAUAGUGGACUGAUGUUACAUCAGCGAACUCACACUGGAGAGAAACCCUAUAUAUGCAAUAAAUGUGGAAAAGGUUUUGCCUUUAAGAGCAAUCUUGUGGUACAUCAGCGAACUCAUACUGGAGAGAAACCCUUCACGUGCAGUGAAUGUGGAAAAGGCUUCACCAUGAAACGCUAUCUCAUUGUACAUCAACAAAUCCAUACAGGAGAGAAAUCCUACAUAUGCAGUGAAUGUGGGAAAGGCUUUGCUAUGGAAACUGAGCUCAUUUUACAUCAGCAAAUUCAUACUGGAGAGAAACCUUAUGCAUGCAAUGAAUGUGGUAAAGGCUUCACUGUGAAAAGCCGACUAAUCGUUCAUCAGCGAACUCAUACAGGAGAGAAACCCUUUUUAUGUAGUGACUGUGGAAAAGGCUUCUCCUCAAAGAGAAAUCUUAUUGUACAUCAGCGAACUCAUAGUGGAGAGAAACCUUAUGUAUGCAGUGAAUGUGGAAAAGGCUUCACGGUGAAGAGCAAUCUCAUCGUGCAUCAGCGAACUCAUACCGGGGAGAAACCCUAUAUAUGUACUGAAUGUGGAAAAGGCUUCACCAUGAAGCGCUAUCUUGUUGUCCAUCAGCGAACUCAUACUGGAGAGAAGCCUUAUAUAUGCAAUGAAUGUGGAAAAGGUUUCACAGUGAAGAGUAACCUCAUCGUACAUCAGCGAUCUCAUACUGGGGAAAAAUCUUACAUGUGCGGCGAAUGUGGAAAAGGCUUCACCACCAAGCGCACCCUCAUUAUACAUCAGCGAACUCACACAGGAGAGAAAUCUUACUUAUGUAAUGAAUGUGGAAAAGGCUUCACUACAAAGCGCACCCUCAUUAUACAUCAGCGGACUCACACGGGAGAGAAACCGUACGAAUGCAGUGAGUGUGGGAAAGCCUUCAGCCAGAAGAUAUGCCUCAUACAACAUGAGCGGUGUCAUACUGGAAAGACUCCCUUUGUGUGUACUGAGUGUGGAAAAUCCUAUUCUCACAAAUACGGUCUCAUUACCCAUCAGAGAAUUCACACGGGAGAGAAACCCUAUGAGUGCCGUGAAUGUGGAAAAGCCUUCACCACAAAGUCAGUACUUAACGUCCAUCAAAGAACUCAUACAGGAGAGAGACCCUAUGGAUGCAGCGAUUGUGAGAAAGCCUUCUCCCACUUGUCAAACCUUGUUAAACAUAAGAAAAUGCACACAAGAGAAAUGGGUAGAUUCAGUCAAGUUGGAAAUCCUUUUAACACAGAAUCACAGCUCAUUACUUAUGAGUGAACUGCUGAAGCCCUAUGAAUGUGAUGACUAUGAAAAUGCCUUCUUUGGCAACCAAGACUUCAUUAAACAUCAGUGUUUCCAGCAGAUUGGAAUGUAACCAUGGUACUGCCAGUUUUUGGAUAUGUGCCCUGAGGAGAUUAAAGAACUUGUCCAGGAGGUAAAUCUGGUGGCUACGGUGAAUUUGUUGUGCCUUCAGUGAUCCUUACCUCAUAUUUUCUGUCAGUGAAAACAUGUUGAGAAAACUCCGAUACAUUCAAUGUGACGAUACCUUGGGCAAAACUUUUAGCUUCAUUAUAUUCUGAAAAGUAUACACUGAGGCAAAUUAUGUGUAGGCAGAGAAUAGGAGGGCCUUCAGGGGGAAGGUAGAUUUUAUUAUCAGGGAUCAUCAUAAAGCAUCAGUGAGCUUAUUGUUCAUAGAAAUACAAUUAAAAAAAAUUGUAUGAUAAUCAUGGGAAAGCUUUCACCCAGAAAGAAGACCUCACUGAGGGUCAGAGUCCACACUGGAGGACAGUAUAUAUAUGGCAGGAUAUCAGUGACACAGUUGGCUUCAUUUUGUCAGGAGAUCAUAUAGAAAUGAAAACUUCAUGAGCAUGCUAAAUGUGGAGCACCUCUAGUCAAAUACCAGAACUCAUGAAGGAAUGACGUCCUGUGAAAGUGAUAAAUGUCGGAGUGCUUUUAAAUGUUUUCAGUGUUUUAAAAUGUUAAGUCUGACUUUUUAAAUGUUUUAAAUGUCAAGUCUGACCUCAUUAUACAUCAGAUAAUUCAUCUGAUGUACAUUUUCAGAUGAUACUUUGAAACCCUUUUUUUGUGGCCUUAAUUUCAUAGUUUCAAAAAAUCAUCUGCUUUCCUCAUUACUGAUGAAUAUUUAUUGUUAUAUAUAGUGCAGAGUGUCCUAGGGAGUAUUCUAGGACUAUCCUGUAUUAUAUGAUUUGUUUUUACCUCUCUUGGGCUCUAAACUUAAUUGUAAAUAUAGCAAAUUGAAGUAGUUUAAAAGGAAAUAAUGUUUUACAUUUAUAAAAUAACAAGUAUUUGUACUUGCUUAACUGAGUUUAUAAAUACGACCAAAUAUUUUAUAAAACCACCUUCCGAGUUAUUUUUGUAAAAUGUUUAAUUUGAAAUCAUUUUAACUUAUAAGAAUUUGCAAAAUAGUCCAGAGAGUUCCCUAGUAUCCUUUACCUCACGUCUCCCAGUAAAAACAUUUACGUAAGCCACGUCUUGUUAUUGAAUCCAGGAAAAUGACUUGGUAGUAUACUGUUAGCUAAGCCCUUAACCUUGUUUGGAUUUCAUUAGAUUUUCAUGUUUUUUUUUUUUUUUUUAAUGCUUUAAUUCUAAGAAGUUUUAUUACAUACACAGAUUCAUGUACUACUACCACAACCAUCAUGUAAAACUAUAACCAAUACAGAUGUCCUCAUUGAACCUUUUUAUGCUUAUACCCUUUAUCCAAACCUACCUCUCACAACCACUUCUGUUCUCCAUCAAGAUAGUUGUAUAAUUUUGUUACAAAAAUCAUUUUUACAACUGGAUUUAAAAUAUUUUAUAUGUUAUAUUU